AGUUGGGUAUGUGUGUGUGUGUGUUAAUUUUGCUGCACAAGAUACUUCACUAUCUUUUCCUUCAAGAGUUUCACCCUUCUUCAUCUUCAAACCCUAGAAAUUCUUAAUCUUUAAUCUCUCCUCAAACCAAAAAUCACACACAAACCCACUCAGAGUUAGAGAUAAAAGCAACCAUCUUUUUACAUUUGAAGUGUUUUCUCUCAGUGUUUUGAAAUGGGUGCACCGAACGACUCAUCCUGUGGGAAUGGACCUUGACUCGGUUCUUCAGCAUUGUUCCCAAUGGGAAAGGGUGAAGAAGAACAGCAACCGUUGCCUCCCGGCGUGGCCUCCGCAGAUCCGCCGCAGAAUGCGGAGGCCCACUGUCGGUGCCGGUGUUCUCGGAUUCGGAAACUCGUUGGUUUCAGAUGCAUUCUCGUACUUCUCUUUUCUGUUGCUGUGUUCCUCUCUGCUAUGUUUUGGUUGCCCCCAUUUCUUCGCUUCGCAGAUCAGAAGAAUCUGCAUGCCGAUUCUAGAUUCAAAGAUCAUGAUAUCGUUGCAAGCUUUAUUGUUAAUAAGCCAGUCUCUUUGCUAGAAGAUAACAUCUUACAGCUCACGGAUGAAAUUUUUGACGAGAUAGAAGUUCCCUCUACCAAAGUGGUCGUCUUGUCUCUAGAUCCCUUUCCUGUGUCAAACAUGACAAAAGUGGUAUUUGCAGUUGAUCCUGAUGGUAAAUACUCAGAAAUGUCUCCAGCUUCCAUUAGUUUGAUAAGUGCAUCAUUUAAAUCCCUGGUUAUAGGCCAAUCAGUUCUCCGGUUCACUUCUUCAUCCUUGUUUGGAGAUCCCUUCUUUUUCGAAGUGCUGAAAUUUAAGGGAGGAAUUACCAUAAUUCCACAACAGAGCGCAUUUCCUCUGCAAACAGGGCAAACAUUAUUCAACUUUACUUUGAAUUUCCCAAUAUAUCAAAUACAAUUAAAUUUCACUGAGCUGAAAAGUCAGCUAAAGUCUGGAUUACAUCUGGCAUCUUUAGAGAAUUUGUAUGUCAUCUUGUCAAAUUCUGAAGGUUCAACAGUAGAUGCUCCUACUAUUGUUCAGUCAUCUGUUCUACUUGCAAUUGGGAUUCCUCCAUCAAAAGAGAGGCUAAAACAACUGGCAAAAACCAUCAUGGGACCUCAUAAUCUUGGCUUGAAUAACACUGAAUUUGGUAGGGUUAAGCAGGUCCGACUUUCAUCCAUAUUGCAACACUCCCUUCAUGGCAGUGAUGGUAGUGGCUCUGCGCAGUCACCUUCCCCUGCUCCUCUGCCCCAUCCACCACACCACCACCACCAUCAUCAGCAUCGACAUCAUCAUCACCACCACGACACCCAUCUAAGUCCUGCAACUUCUCCUAGACCUGCACCUACACCUGGGGAGGUUUCAACUCCGCCAAAGGUUGGUUCUCCUUCUGCUGCAAAAAGUGUGCCUUCACCAGGCGAAAGUCCUCAAGCUCAGCCACCAAGUUGUCGACAUGGGUAUAGAAUAAGGUCUACCCAUAAUGCUGGGAAACAUACUCAUCUAACACCUGCGGUUGCCCCUAGUAUGGAUCCACAUUAUCAUGUUCCUGUUGUGUCACCAAAACCACACGUUGAACCCCCUUCACAUGUCUCUCAUUCAGUACCUGCUUUAAGUCCUUUACCGAAUGUUGCUUUUGCUCAUGCUGGGUCCCCUCCUAAGAAUGAACCAGCUGCGGAACCUUCUCACACCCAUUUUCUUGGGCCAUCAUUAUCUUCAUCUUCUACAGGUUGUCUUGGAACUGUUAAAUGGACAAGUUUAAUGUUUGUAGUUCUUGUGUUACUUGUAUAAUAUAGUACUGGAAUUGUAUCUUUCGGCCAGACAAACUAGAGUACUAUAAAUGUGAGCUACGCAAAGGGCGUGCUGCACAUCUGAGUGGAUAUAAGUUGUCACCAUGCGUGUAAAUAGUUGAUUAAAAAGAUCCAGACAGUGUAUGCGUUUUCAGGUCAAAGUCCACAUGUGGCAGGCCUUGAUUACAUGCAUUACCGCUGUUUUAUGAUGUAAGAUGAAAAAACAAA